AGGACUGUGAAGAUACGUCGGCAACUAUGGUGGAGAAAGGAGAAAUCUGGAAGAAAGAACAAACCCAUUACGUGGCCUGAACGCAAAAUGAUGUAAGCUGCAAGAAUAAUAAAAAUAUAUCGGGUAUUUCACAUAUAUAAGGCAUUUUUAUACACUACUUUCUAAAGGAUGUAGCUGUAUGGCCAAAAUGGACGCGUCUCGAUCGUCGACAUCGAGGAGAUUUAAUCCUUCAAUUUCGUCGGCUUUAUGCUCCGUACCGCCUUCAAAGACGGCUGUAACCAGCACAUAUCACUAUUCAAAUCAGAGGAAGAUAACCAAUGAAUUCAGCCUAAAGGAAUGCUGAUUAAGGGCCUGUUCCCACGCCGUACACUAUUGAUUCUACAUUCUAUGUGGCUGACAUUUCGCAAGCGAAGAUACUGAGAUCCUUAUUGUUUUUUAUUUCACGCGCUCGAGAUGUACUCAUACUUAUUGUCUUUUCACAUGACUACCUUUGCACUUUUCUCAUUGUAUGAAAAUCCUACCAAUUAUAGUUUCCAUCGUAUUUUGAUAACAGUUACACAAUCAGGCCUUUCUUGAGCUGACCGAUAUCCUGUUGUGCGAAUAGUGCGGAACCUCUGGUGGAUAUGACAUAAACAAAAACUCGAAGGGGUUAUGAACUCUCCUUGCUUAGGUUUCCGAAAAUCCAUCCCACGAGCCCUCCAUUCCCCCCUGUACUCAAUACUUCAUUACGCUGGCGGGCAGUUAAGGAUAUCUUCGACACGCUCCCAGACACCGAAGCCGAGGAAGGUGACAAUCCCUUAGAGAAAGCCGUAACCGCUGUCACAAACUACUUUAAGCCGAGAAAGAGUGUUGUUUUUGAAGAAUACCAAUUUAGAAUGGUGAAACAAAAUCCAAACGAGUCAAUUAUGACAUACUACACUAGAACUAGCGAAGACAUGCAAAUUCACAGACAUUGA